GGAUAGCACCAUCCUUCACCAAAUCGUUCGAAAACCCACAGUUACGGCGCCAGUAAUAGCUUGCACCGAUCAAGAAUACAAUUCGUGGCAUAAGGGCAUGGUAUAUUUUCUGGGUGAUUGGGGCAUGGGAGAUAUUGAACGUACUACGGCGCAACAUGUCCCUACAAAUUUGCAGCAACUUAAUUUCCACAACCAUCAGCAGCAGCAGCAACAACAGCAACUUCUGCAACCGCAACAGCAGCAACAUGAACAUCUUCAGCUACAGCAGUCGCGAUCAGUGCAGUACAACAAUGUUGCCCAACAGCUACAGCAAACCAUCAAGCCCACACACAACAACCCGCACCAGUCCCAUCGUUACGAACGGUCGACUGUUGCCGGUGCAUUCCAUGUAACGAAAAGUGACAAUCUAUCUACGUACUUGAAAGAGGUCCAGCAGCAACAACGUGCUCAGCAGUUGGAAGUGCGUCAAACCAACGGGAAACACAUUAACGGCAGUUUGCAGCAACAUCUACUGCGCACCGGAUCUGGAGAACAUCAUGAACAACAGGAGCAUCCUCACGCUACGCAGCAGAGUGUGCACUUUCAUCAACUUCACCAGCAAAAGCAGCAUUCACACCAUGAUGUCGAAAGCGACGAGGACGAGAUCGCUCUGUAUCCUCUCAACAAUCAGGUUGGCGGCCACACGAGGCUACUGUUGCUAAACCAGAGCACUGUGAUCAAGCCUCUAAACCUACGAGAACUCGAGUUCUAUCAAAACAUUCCCAGCGAUAUACAGCAGUUUGUUCCAAAGUACAGAGGUGUGAUGCAAGCAACAACAAUGGGUGGCUCUAAGCUUGAGAAGCGUUACUCACCCAGCUUCCGGGAUGAUCCUGUGCGAAAGACUGCAGCAUCGAAAAGAAAACGUGAAGAAGUACUACGGAUGAAAAUACAUAAAAAUGGAAUACCUUCCGAAGUGUUAAAAAGUAUUGCACAGAUAGACAACUCUAAUAAACAAUAUUUUUUGAUGCUGGAAAACAUUACUUCCGCCUACCGGAACCCAUGCAUACUGGAUCUGAAGAUGGGCACCCGGCAGCACGGUGAUGACGCGUCGGCAGAAAAGCGCAGCAAGCAGAUGGCGAAAUGUGCGGCCAGCACUUCCGCCUCGCUUGGUGUGCGGCUGUGUGGCAUGCAGGUUUAUCAGGCCAAUCUUGAUCAUUACAUGAAGCGUGACAAGUACUGGGGCCGUGAACUGACCGAGGACGGUUUCAAAGGAGCGCUGCACAACUUCUUCCACAACGGCUAUCGGUUACGGGUGAAGGUUAUUGCGAAGGUGCUGGGCAAAUUGGACCAGUUACGACGCGUGAUAGAAAAACAGUCGAGCUAUCGCUUUUACUCCUGCUCCCUAUUAAUCGUCUAUGAAGGAUUCGAAGAGAUGCCCGCACCCAGCACCGGCGACUAUCAUUUACUCGAAACGGAAUCAAACUCGUGCUGCUACGAUGCGGACGCGUCGAACAGCUCGAUUGAGCAGUACCUGCUAUCCUCUUCGAACGAGGAAUCCCCAAUACCGUCGAACGUCUCCAUAUCCCACACAGAGCCACGUCCCGCAUUAUCGUCCAUGGCCACGGCGAUCGCUGCAAUGGCAGCGGCAACCAAGGCUGCCACGCUCACCACUACGACAACCGCCGCCGCCACUCCCAUGCCUCCACCGCCGGUGAUAACUGGCCGUGUCGACGAUAGCACAAGCCGAGACAUGUUCGCCGACCAUCACUUCCGCAGCGUCGUAACGGAUGAUGAUAACAACCGGCAAAGAUCACCGAUCACUAGCAGCUCGCGCGAUCAAGACACCAAACCGGCACCCUUUGUUCCAAUAUCGGAGGAAACGAUCUACCCGGGCGGACCAACGGACGAACGGUCGUCUUCGCCGAGUGAUGCCAUUCCGAUGCCGACGGCAGGCACGUGCGGUGCGGCCCAAACGCUCACCAGUUCCAGUCCCCACUCCAUGGACUCGUGGAUGAACUACAGCAGCAAUAGUAACAGCAGCAGCGACGACUAUGCAUCCGCCUUCGUUGUGCCGAACCAUCGGCAAAGUUCUUCCACCGUACAGCCGGAUGCUGGAUCGGAUUUUGAUGCUAACUUCGGUGGCGAGGCGGUGGAUUGUGAUCGGCACGGUGGUGGAGGAGGAGGAGUAGAUGACCACAGGGUAACAAACACCGGACCGGUGAACUUUAGCACCAGUAUUAAGUUCGGCCACAGCAAACUCGUGGAGCAGAGUAGCAAUAUUAGUAAUAACAACAGCACACCGAAUGGUACCAACAAUCGCAACGACAGCCACGGUACGAGGAUGGAAAUGACGGACGAGGGUAACAGUGCGGUGGAGCAUCCAAACGUGUUCGAGGAGGAAGGACAGCAGGACAAUUCCGACGCCGGCUACCACGAGGACGAAGAGGUGGACGACGAUGAUGAGGAAGAGGGCGAGGUGGACGAUGAGGAGGAACGGCAGCUGUUACGACAGAAGCUGCUAGCAGGUAACAACAGUUCCAAGCGGUUGCGUGGUAAGGAUAGCUGCUGUACCGUGGCCGGGUCUGCUGUGUCCGGUAGUGUCAAUAUUACCGGCAGCAAUAGCCGAGGCCCUAGCGAUGGGCCCUGCUCGAUACCGUUACGCCGGAAGCUUAGUUCCAAAUCCAAAUCGGGAUCGUUCGGUGGUGGCGCAGGCAGUGGACCCGGUACGGGUGGUGUUUCCACCGGUGGAACGUUGGCGGACGUGCGUAUGAUCGAUUUCGCCCACACCACCUUCGAGAUCAAGAAUGGAGGCGCAUCGCUGUGCAGCAACACGAACGUCAAGGUGCACCAUGGCCCGGACAGCGGGUUUCUACGCGGACUCGAUAGCCUAAAGCGCAUUCUGUCGGAGCUGUGUGAGGAGUACUAUUGA